AAUUCCUAUUGCAAAAUGAAGCCACGUAGGAUAUACAACAAUCACCAAUCUACGAACCGACCGAGAUAGUGAUGUGUCAUUUCCUGUUGAGACAUGUCCAAACUGGGAAUGAUGUAUUUCUGUGAGGUCCCACAGACAAUGAAGGGUCAGUUCGCAGGUUGGUGGUUGUUGUUGACUAGUCACCCAACGUUAGAGCAUGAGAACUUGAGAAUUUACUAAUCACUCAAGAACCCUUUUUUGAUGAGGCCAACAUAACCCAGGUGGCCACUGGCCAGCCCAGGUGUUGGUUUCACGGUACAAGACAGUGGGCUUCAGAACAAAUAUUGAACGAUCUGUUGUUGUGGCUUGUGAGCCUGCCUGAAUAUCUAUUGGUUCGGUUUUGCUUUGGUGUUGCCUCGGGCUGCGGCUGCCAAACCUUUUGCUGAAUCCGGAUUCAAGUCAAAAGAGUCAGUCAAGCAAAAUCCUUUCUCUCUCUGCCCCACAAGAAAGUGAAAUAACACACAUAUUGUCCCCUCAGAUUCUUUUUCUUUCCUUUCUUUUCUAGUUUUUUCAUAGCACUGCAUAGUCUCUCUUUCUCUUUCCACUACCUCAAUCAGCUGGUGGGCCAGGCCAUGUCUCUUUUGUCAGGAUUCUCUUGCACUACACCAAAGGACUAGAAAACAAAGAAUUAAAUAGAAAGCCCCACAAAUCAGUAAAAGAUAAGAAACAGAAUCUCUAUUUCUCUCUCUCUUCUCUUCACACCAUCUUUAAGGAGAGCUGCCCUUCCCCCCAUUCAUUUUAUUUUUCUCCUUUCACAACUAGCCAGUUAUGGCAAGAACCUCUCAAGACUCCUCCAAAAGACACUUCCACUGGACUAAAAAGGUUGGAACUGAAGAUGAUGAAGCUUCAACCUUCAAGUCAUCUUCAAACCCCAAUGAAGAAGACAAGAGGGAAAAUCUCAAGACCCAUGUUGCCAUGCCAACACCAAGGAAGAAGCUUCCAGCUGUUGCCGUUGCCAGGCUUCGAUCUGUUCUUACAGCGUUUGGAAAGAACCGUUCAAACUUGCACUUUGGUCUUGGACCUCGAGUGGUAGGCACCCUUUUUGGUUAUAGGCGUGGCCAUGUUCACUUUGCUUUUCAGAAAGAUCCCAAUUCCCCACCAGCUUUCCUUGUUGAACUUGCUACACCAAUUAGUGGAUUGGUUCGAGAGAUGGCGUCCGGGUUGGUCAGGAUUGCUCUGGAGUGUGAUAAAGAGAAAGAAGAAGAGAAAAAAGCUGUGAGAUUACUAGAAGAGCCUGUAUGGAGAACCUAUUGCAAUGGAAAGAAAUGUGGUUUUGCAGCAAGGAGGGAAUGUGGUGCUAAAGAAUGGAAGAUUCUGAAAGCUGUGGAACCAAUUUCCAUGGGAGCAGGGGUUUUGCCUGGGAGUGGAGCUGAGGCUGGUGCUGAUGGUGAACUUAUGUAUAUGAGGGCCAAGUUUGAGAGAAUUGUUGGGUCUAGAGAUUCAGAAGCUUUCUAUAUGAUGAAUCCUGACAGCAAUGGAGCUCCUGAGCUUAGUAUCUAUUUGCUUAGAGUCUGAAGUUGCCAUGGAAGGUCUGAGCUAACUUCCUUUUCUGUGCGUUUUGACUUUUAAGGGGUAUACCAGUGAUAUUUUCUCUUUACUCUUUUAGAGCCAUGGAAAUGGAGCUCUAGUUUCUUCCAAGUUUUUUGUCCUUUUUUUUUUCUUUUUCUUUUAUUGGGAGAAAUUGGAAGUGGGUUUUACUUUUAUUGUAUUCUGUUUUAGGUGCAGGAGGCAAUACAUUAUAACAUGAUGAUGAUGGUAGGUGGGGGGGGGGGUCUUGAAGGUGUGUAUAUGUAUAGUUUUCUUCUUCAAUCCUUUAUCAAGUAAUGAGACAUUGAGCCUAGUGCAAUCAAUCAUUAUCUUUGCAUUUUUUUGGGUAUAUUUCUUUUUCUUUCAUGUGUUGAAUCUGCCCAACUUACUGUGAGAAUUUUCUUUCAACAUAGUAUGGCCCUGCCUGAGGGACAUUGUUGAGUAGCAAUAUAUGUGAAAGCUAUUGGUUAUUGAUUUGUUUUGGUUAAAGGGUAUAAAAAGUUU